UUUUAAUAAUCAAACAUAUUUCUUUACAUAUUGAUGCACAUGCAUAUAUUUUUAUAAAAAGAUAUUAUAUUUUAAACAUGUUUUGAACAGACAUGUCAUGUGAUAUUAUAUGUAUAUUUUUUUAUAAUGUGGGUGCGAGGUCCAAAAAAGGGGGGUUUUGCCUGAGGGCAAGGGGCAACACUAUGCCAUAGAGGGUUAAGUUAACAGCAUGAACUAAAAAGACUAUGAUAUAUAUUUCAACCAUAGUCUGCAUUGUUGAUCUGUAGAAUAAUAUUGUUAUGGUCCCCAAAUCUUCUGUGGUAGCCAAAAGUAAAUUAAUUAAAUUAAAUGCUACAGCCUGCUGUUGUAAACGUUGUUUUGAAUACACAUACGCUGCUAGCUAGCUAUUUUGUUUGUAAGUGUAAACUACAUGUCACCAUGUCACUGUCAAGAAAUGCUCAACUACAUUGAUUGUUCCACAAUAUUUUUCAGAUAUGACCAAAACAGGCAAAUCCUCCGCCUAUUGGAAUGAUGUCUGCCAUAGGUAUGCCCAGGGCACCUUCCAGUUCAGUACAGGCAAAAGGCCUGGAAGCAGAAAAUGGAAGGAGGCCUUGGAGCGCAUUGAUGCCUGUCCCCUGCAAAAGGGGAAUAAGGUGGACCUGUUUGGCAGGCAUAUAGUGUGCACUUGUGGGUUCCAUAAGUCAACAGAUAAGGCUGGGCCUAAUGCAGUGGCAGGCGGCAGCUCAGAGGAGGCAGGGACAUCACAGGGAGAAGAACAGGGAGUGAAGUGUUCUCUGUGUGGUGUGGUUGUGGAGGCAGAGAAGUUCUCUGAGCACCUCUCUGACUACCACGCUGAAGAGAGGUGUGACACCUGUGGGGCCAGGGUCCAGGGUGCUGUUGGACUCCUCCAGCACAUUGAGUCCAACCAUUAUGGGGCCCUGUUGGCUCCACGUGCCAGCACUUCAAAAAAUCCCUCGCCAUCGCCAUGCCCCUCACCAUCUCCAAGGCUGGCGCCACCUCCGCAGCACUUGCCGUCUCCACUGCCAGCACCAGUGUCUCCAUCUCCAUGCCACUCUCCAGCUAUACAGCCCUCACCACCACCACUACGGCCCACUCCAUCCCUAUGGCCCUCUCCGUCCCCACGGCCCACUCCGUUCCUGCAGCCCAGUCCAUCCCCACACCACUCUCCAGCUCCGCAGCCCUUACCACCACCACGGCCCACUCCAUCCUCGAGGCCAUCUCCAUCCACACACCACUCUCCAGCUCUGCAGCCCUUACCACCACCACGGCCCACUCCAUCCUCGAGGCCAUCUCCAUCCACACACCACUCUCCAGCUUCACAGCCCUCACCACCACCACCACGGCCCACUCCGUCCCCGCGGCCCAUGCCAUCUCCGUUGCCCAUGCCGUCCCCGGGGCCCUGUCCAUCCCCACACCACUCUCCAGCUCCGCAACCCUUACCACCACCACGGCCCACUCCAUCCUCGAGGCCAUCUCCAUCCCCACACUACUCUCCGGCUCCACAGCCCUCAACACUAUGCCGUUCUCCAUCUCCACAGCCCACUCCAUCCUCAUGUCCAGCACCCUCACUACCCACACCACCUCUGCCUCAGGCUGCUACUGAUUGGGAAAGUUUUCUUCCCAGUCAGUUCAAGAGGGUCCUCCAGCCAGCAGAUUGGGUGUGGGUUGCCAAGUGCCUUUAUGAGCCCACAGGACAGCUGAGGCAGAAGAUCCAGGAGAACUGGUUUCAUCCACCAAUGCUGCCCAAGCCGUCUCCUCCUGAGCCCGGGUGGUACUUCAGACAGAGGAUGUUCUUGUGGGCACCAAUGAGGAUGUGGGGCAUUCCUCUUAAUUGUUCACAAUGUGGCCGUAAUAUGCACCAUUCUGGGAUCUACCCGAAGGUCAGGGAGGUGAUCGACGUGGAUAGCCGCUACUACCUGGUGGGUGGAGACUAUCCACGCUGCAGUGUAUGCAGGUUGUCAGUAUGCCCAUGGAGCCAGGACAUCCUUUCACAACUGGAUGUGGCACACAGGUCACUGUUUCCAGCAGUGCUGACCACUCAGCUAGCACUGGACAGGAAAUGUGUGACCUUCCUCAGGCCAAGGACCAGCGGCAACAGUUCCUCCUAUCUCCAGUCAGCAAUAGAGGAAGUCCACAGUGAGGAGUGGGCACGAAGGACCAUCCAGUACCUCUCUGACUGUGAGAAUUAUUCGAGAAAGGUUGCCCUGGUACAACCUGCAACGGCACCUUCCUUCUCUGCACCUGCACCCUUCAGGCCACUUCCACUCGCCCAGUGGUUUGAGACUGUCCACUCCAACGACAUCCUCAGCCAUCGGGACGAGAUGAAGGGAGUGAUAACCUCCACCUAUGGCCGAAUCCUGAAGAUGGAUUCCACUAAGAAGAUCACCAAAAAGCUGGCUGGUGGCAUUGGGGACACGGCUGCAUGGAUGACCAACAUUGGCAAUGAGCUCGGCCAGGUUCUGAACAGUGUUCUGACAACAGCUGAAGGUGCGGGGCUGGAGGAGCUGUGCCAGGGCAUCGUCAGACGCUACCAGAAUGCUGGUGAGCCAGAGCCAGAGGUCAUCUAUGUUGACCGGGAUUGCUGCAGUCAGUCAGGUGUACCUGCGGUGCUGAAUCUUUUUCGGCCAUGGAAGUGUAUUGUAAGGCUAGAUAUCUUCCAUUUUAUGAGAAGAUUCAACUGCGGCCUUACUACUGAGCACCACCCUCUCUAUGGUACCUUUUGUUCUAAACUUUCCUCCUGUAUCUUUGAGUGGGAUCAGGAGGAUGUUAAGGAACUAAAGGCGGCCAAAAGAGGGGAGUGGAAGAGCAGACAUGGUGGACAGGCUCCCACUGAGGCACAGCUCAUGACCAGCAUCAGCCCAGGUGAACUGGCAAAGCACUGUAGACGGCGGACACGCGGGGCUGAGGAGAUCCGGGCCAUGAUUUCAGGGCUGCUGGAAUCAGUGUGGGAGCUAACCGACACUACAGGGCUUCGUCUGGUUAAGCCUGACAGCAUGCACCAUGUUUGGGAGAUGCAGCAAAAACACCUUGAGUGCAUCCAGGAUCCUCCACAUGUUGACCUCUAUACAAAGACGGGGACACUCCAGAAGGGUGGCAGAGUCCUAAAUGUGCUUAGGUGUGGCAGGGGGUCAUCCUCUCUGGAGAGUUUUCACCGCCACCAGUGUGCCUUCAUUCCUGGAUGGAGAUGCAAUGCCAUGCACACACAAAUGUACAUGUUGGAGGGGGCCUCGAGAUGGAACAUGAGCCGGGCAAAAGAUGCUGUGUCUGUGGUGGGGGCCUCAACCAUCAGGACAUUUGAUGUGCGCUUAAUGUCUCAUCUUAAUAACAUGAGCCAACGUGUCCUUGGUUGUCCUUUGAUGCCAGAAUUCACCCCUCCAGGAAAACCCACUGAUGAGCGCAUUGCAGUGGAGUACUUGUUGGCCCAGUCCAAUAGAGGCGACCAGUUGAUUGGUGACCACAGUGGCAUCCCUGAAGUCCCCUCAGAGGAGCCCGAAGAUGACAGUGGUUUUGACGCAACUGUGUGCCAUGCUGCUGAUCUUAGGGCUGGUGACUCUGACCCUCCAGUAGAUGUCACAGAGGCCCAGGUGACCAGUCAGGUGGAUGACACUGGACCCAAAUCCCCUGAUGCGGAGGUCAGUGAGGAAGAGGAGGAUGACACUGCAAUUCCUAGCACAUCCAGCCAGUGUGAUUCUAGAGGUGUCUUGGGCUGGGAGGCAGUUGAUGCCCUGGCAACCUACCUGGUUGGUCUAAACCGGACCAUCACUGCCUUGUCAUCACAAGAGGAGGCCAACAUAGUGCAGCUGUACAUGGCUCUGCAUGCCAUGGACAAGGUGCCAUCAAAAUAUAGCCAGAGGGUGAAGAAGAAGACUUUGCCAGGACCAUGGAGAGCAUCCAGGAAGCGGAGUGGCUCUGCUCCAGGACAGCAGGCAGCAGAGAGACUGUUCAUGACUCAUGGGCAGGCGGCUCAGGACCCUGAAGUCCACAGGGUCUGUGAAUGUGUUUGCUUACGACUUUUUAAAGAGUUUAAGCAAGCACGGAACAGGCCCAAGGACACAAGAGGAAGAACUCUGCCAAUUCCACAAUCCAUUGUGAUGGUCUACAGCCACUUGAAACAGCUGCUGGAGGACAGCAGAGCUGUUCUAGGACAGACUAACCUGGUUCUGGUCCCGAUAAACACCACUACUGUCUCCUCAUGGCUACUAAGAAGACAGAAACGUGUGAACAGAGACAUGCUGCUGCAGGGUACCGCACUGCCUAACCAGUUAUAUUUGGCAAAGGAGCCACUUCCUGAAGUGCGUGAACUUCCAGCUGCUCCUGCACAGCAUGGGCAUGAGGCCAUGGAAUUUGAGGAGCCAGAAAAUAAGGAGGGAGAGGCCUUCAUUCGGAAACGCAUCUCCAACAGGUGCCCACAGCCCACCCCUCCUCCCUUAUCUUACUCGGCAUUUCCUAUAUAUCCACCAGCACCACAUUUUGCAUUCUCCCAUCUUGGUUCCUACCCACCCUUUCCCAGCUAUCCACAGAGUCUAACAGUGCCUCAGUCUACCCAGUUUAUGCCCCCUCCCCAGUUCCAGCCGCCUCCCCAUUUCCAGGAUCCUCCCCAGUUCCAGCCGCCUCCCCAUUUCCAGGAUCCUCCCCAGUUCCAGCUGCCUCCCCGGUUCCAGGCACCUCCUCAGUUCCAGGCUCCUCCCCAGUUCCAGCCGCCUCCCCAGUUCCAGGAUCCUCCCCAGUUCCAGCCGCCUCCCCGGUUCCAGGCACCUCCCCAGUUCCAGCCGCCUCCUCAGUUCCAGGCUCCUCUCGAGUUCCAGCCACCUGAUAACCUGCCACCACAAACUUGUCACCUUACGCAGCCCAGGCAGCGCACCUGGAGAAGGCAGAAAGCUGCCAAAGAGGAUGAGGAACGGGCGGCAAGAGGGGAACCACCACGGAAACGCCUAGCAAAGGAUAUAUAUCAUUAUAUCUGCAAGCACUGUGGGCUGUCAAAAAAUAAGACAACUGGCCACACUCAGCUGAAGGGCCGGUGGUAUUGCCCAUCCUCAGGCCUCUCUGUUGAACAGUGGAAGGAGAAUGUACAGGGAGGUCUUUGAUUGUUUUAAUUGGUGUAUAUAGAAGUUAUGUAUAUAGUUGUUUUUAUUUAGUUUUUUUUAUAGUUGUAUAUAGUUCAGUUUUUAAUUGUUUGCUGUGUUUUGUGCUGUGAAUAUUUGUUUUAGCUGCUGUGUUUGUAAAACAAAAAGAAAAGAAAAGAAGACAACUCGUGUGGUGUAGUAAAAAAAGAAAAAAACAACAACACACAACUCAUGUGGUGUAAAAAAAAAAGAAAAAAACAACACACAACUUG